CAUAUAAAAGCUGUCAUUUUAGAUUGCAUUUCGCACUGCACUUCAGAAUACAUAAAAAUAUUAUCUUCCGUGUGAAAUUUUAAAAGCUCUAUGAUAUAAAUGAGCUUUAUUUUCUAAAGCAAUUGAACGUGAUGUUAAAUAUUACUUUAAAUAACAUCAAAAAUAACUAAAUAUAAUAAAUAUCACGAUGGAGCCGGACGAUGAAAUAAAAUCGGGUUGCUUAUUAUUUCCACCAGCGGGAGGAAACAUGUUUAGUAAAUUUCCUAAAAAGAAAAACUGGCAACAAAAAUACUGUAUCCUAUUCAAUGCUAGUAUACAGGGUAUUGAACGUCUCGAAAUAUACGACAAUAAAGACGAUGUUACGUCUGGUGCAAUUCCAAAAGUUCUAACCCUUGAAAAUUGCAUUAAAAUAACACAUUCUAGUCCUAAUACAAUUACUAUACUGACUAAGUCACACACACAACAAGUCUGCGCACAAUCUGAACCAGAAACAUUGGAAUGGGUCACAGCUUUACAGUCAGUUGCUUUCAAAGGUAGAGAUUCCGGUCCCUUAAGCUGUGACGAAGACAACGAUCUUUACUGCUCAUCAGGUGAAGGGGUAUUCUCAGUCAAAAUGUGUACCUCUGAAGCCUCAACAAGAUGUGGAUUUGAACCAAUCCGAUAUCUACUUCUAUUAACCACAACUGCUAUCGAAUUGAGAGAUGUCAAUGAUAAUAAGUUGUAUGCAACUUGGCCAUAUAGGUACAUAAGACGUUAUGGUUAUAGACAGGGUAAGUUUACAUUUGAAGCGGGGAGAAAAUGUGAUACAGGGGAAGGUAUUUUUCACCUAGAACAUCCCAAUCAGUCAGAAAUUUUCAAAUGCCUAUCUCUUAAAAUGAAAACAAUGAAACAGAUGAUUGGCAACGACAAUCUCAACAGUCCCGAAUUAAGUUGUCCUAGAUCAAAGAGCCCUCUUGUAGGAACAAGACCAGAAGACUUAAAUUUGAGCUCUCUUUCCUUUAAGACAGCGUCAGUAUCAAGUAAUCAAUCAGCCAGUACAGAAAGAGAUACAGCUCCACUUCUAAUGCCCAAACCAGCACUUAAACCAAAACCGCAGAAACCUCCACGUAAAAUUGUGAACCUUCACAAAAUAAGUAAAGAUCUGCCAAGUUCCUCAGAUGAGAGUAUUGAGUUUGGACGAUAUAAAAAGCUAGAUAAUUAUGAACCAAUUGAUCAAGUAAAGCGAGAACAUAGUCCUCCAUCUGUGCCAUAUGACAAAGUUGAAGUAAGAAGUGAAGCUUGGAGGACUUUAGGUAUCGAUGAUCCCGACCACACAGAAUUUACUCCAAACCUAGCUGACAGUCCCAACUGCAUGAAACUUAUAUCUAGGUCUCAGGAUAAUUUGAACACAUCUGGACCUGAUUCUUCAAGAAUUAUUCUCUUACCAAGCCCUGUCGUUGAUCCAGAAGAUGAAAAUUACGAUAGGUUACAAUACUUUGGAUCAACGAGUAAGCUAAACAAGUCUUCUAGAUAUAAGAAGAUUGAAGCAAGACCGACCACUUUGGCUCUGAGUGAACCUAAAAAUAAAGAUACUUGGAAUGAUUAUGAUGAAGUGGAAAAUGUUAUGCAAACAGCAAGGUUGGCUGAUGAUUCUCAUUUAGGUUAUGGUAUGAUUAGAAAGCCAAACACUCCCGGGCCCCAAGUACCAACAGCUGCUCAAACUCAAAUCCUCCAAAAUCAAGUUGGUUUGGAAGAUAUAACCCAUACUACUUGGAAUGGAACAGACUAUGCUAUCAUUAGCCGUCCAAAAAUAGUGUAAGAGAAUUUAUUGUCAUUGAGAUUGGAUAUUAAAGACUGAAAUGGCAGUUUUACCUAUAUUCUAUGAUAGUGAUAUAUUUUUUUUAUAAAAUUGUUAAGCAUUCCCAAAUAAUGUAUGACAUAUUCGAAUCCACUGUGCUAUAAAGUUUAUGUAUUUUAUUUUUAAAUAGUAGCAAUUGUCAGUAACAUAAAAAAACUUGAAUAAGAAACUUGUUUUUCAGGACAAUUUACAAUUCUCGAAUUUAAUUGAAAUAGAUAUUUCUUAUGACAUAAAUCUUAUUCAAUUGUUUUAAAAGUAUUAAUCUGAAAUUUGAGACUGUUUUUUUUAGCAUUCCAGUUUGAUAUUUCUAUAAUCUAAAAUAUCUUUUACUAUAGAUAAUAAUGUUUAUUAUUUUGACGCACAAGUUAUAUAGAGAUUAUAACAAAUGUGAUUUAUUAGUGCCUUAUAUUUACCAUUUUAUUAGUUUACAUGUAAAAAUAACUUUUAUACAAAAAUUUUACUAAAAAUAGUAUUAUAUAAAAUAUUAACCUUUCCAAUAAAGGCUAAAGUAAAAAAAUAAAAUUAAAAAAAUUGUUUUUUGAAACAAUAAUUUGUGAAAAAAGUACAUGCACCAUUUUGACUAUAGAAGUUGUUUCAGUUAAGGUUCAAGGGUGCUCAAUUAUACACUUAUACAAUUAUUUCUCAUUAAAGUUAUAAAAAAAAAACUAUACCAUAUUUUUACAUGUGACCUGAUGUUAUUUAGGUUUAAUGUAAAUGUUUACCAUCUGGUGCCAAGUUAAGUACAAUAAUUUUAAUAAGCACUAUGGUGCUAUAUAAUAUAGUGCAUAAUUAUUUCUUUUGUCAUUUGCUAAGAUACUUAUUCAAAUUAUUACGAUUAUAUUUUUUAAUAUGUCAGCCAUAUAAUGAAAUAAAAUAAGCAAUGUAAUCAUAAA